UAUAAAAAUUUGUAAAUUUCGAAUUCUAGGUGUCCAUUCCUAUAUUCCACUUGCGGUCCUUUAGUGUACACUAUACCACAACAUCCCUUUUUUUUUAUCCCCUUUCUUUUUCACAAAUUUCCCAUUCUCAAACCCCACACACCUAAAAAGAGAAAAAAAAGAAGCAAAACCCCUACACUAUAAUUUCUUGAUCUUCAAAUCCAUGGCAAAAGAACCACCAUUUGAAUUGUUGUUUGUUGUAAUGUUUUUUUCAAUAUUGUGUCAAAUAAUAAAUGUAAAAUCAACAUGGUGUGUAGCAAGAAGUGAUGCAAGUGAAGAAUCUUUACAAAAUGCAUUAGAUUAUGCUUGUUUCUUUGGUGCUGAUUGUGCACCAAUUUUGGAAAAUGGGCUAUGUUAUCUUCCUAAUACUAUUCAAGCUCAUGCUUCUUAUGCAUUUAAUGGCUUUUAUCAAAGGAUGAAUAGAGCACCUGGUUCUUGUGUCUUUGCUGGCACUGCUACCAUUGCCAAAACUGAUCCAAGUUAUGGAUCUUGUGUUUAUCCAGCAUCUCCAAGCACUGCUGGUGGUUCUACUACUACUACUACUCCGAGCACACCCGGUGGUGGUGGUACAAACACGACCCCAAUUUUGUAUCCACCGCCACCGGGGACUUUCAAUGGCAACGGAGGAACAACACCGCGCUUUGCACCUGAUAUUCCUGAAUCAGAGACUUCUAAUGCUUCUCCCAAGUUGUCAAAUUUGGCAAUUUUUAUGCUCCUCUUCCUUCAUAUUUUUCAACUAUUAUUGUUGUAGCCACUACUCUUUAGAAUAUGGCCAUACAUUUGCUAGUGUUUAAGGCUAGGACAGUACAAUUGUGGUUAGAAAAAUCAAAGUUUUCAUUUUGGAUAUUACUGAGAACUUCACAACGCAAUUAGUGAUGUGUGAGUUAGAAAUACGUCACAAGUUUGACCUUUUAUUUGAUACUUGUGGGAAAAUGACAAAGAGGUGGGCCCAUUCGUGCACCACUGGCUCUUGGAAAUUUUUCGAUUAUAAUUCCAAAUUCUAUUAAAUCCAAUUAAUUUGUUAUAUUUUGCAUUUC